GCCGGCCGGCCGGCCAUGCUCAUCACGCUGUGCUACCUGUACCUGUGGGCGCGCUGGGGGCGCGGGCCCGCCGCGCUAGUGCGCACCACGGUGCAGCAGCUGCGCGCCUCGCGCUGCUCCUUCACCUUCUGCCGCGCGGCCGCGCAGCCCCAAGGCGCCCGCGUGUGCCUGAGCCGCGGCGGCCGCGUCUUCUGCGUGGGCGAGAGCCAGUCCAUUGAUGACUUGAACAAAUGGGCCCUGUUUCUGGUUUCUCCUUUUAUACUUGAAGCAGAACACAUAGCAUUUGUGACAGAGAACAUUUGGGUGCAAGGUGACACUUUACAGAGACCAUCGUCCUCUUCGGAAACUAUUGUGAAGUGGUCGGAUUGUUGUUCUCCGUUAGCGUGCAGACCUGGGGAUCCUUAUCAGUUAAUCGCCAAAGCAAGUGUGGAUGACUUCAGCAAGCUGGGAGUGGCGUUCCUUGAAGAUAGACUCCAGGUGGCUAACGGACUGAUACCCCAAAAGAUCGUUUCUGUCCAUUUGCACGACUCCGAUCUGAAGGAACUUAAGGAUCAGGCCUCGGACACGCCAGCCCAGCUCCUAGAGCCCCAGCCUGAAUCUUCUGUUGAGAGCAAGCCUGAGCUGGAGGUUAUGGAGCACGUUGGCAGAGAGGACUGCCAGGUUCUGGGUCCUGCACCCAUGCAGGGGCAAGGCAGUGCCCUUAGGGCCGAGCCUGCCGGGGAGAGCGACAGAGGCGUGGGCUCCGUCGAGCACUGUCACCUCCAUCUUUCUAGCUGCCACGAGUGUUUGGAGCUUGAGAACAGCACCAUCGAAUCCGUCAAGUUUGCCUCUGCCGAGAACAUUCCAGAUCUUCCUUACGACUACAGCAGUGGUUUGGAGGGGAUCACGUAUGACCUCUGCCCCAAGAGAGAACAGAGGAGGGUCAACCUCACGGGAAAGGCACCCAACAUCCUUCUCUACGUGGGGUCCGACUCCCAGGACGCCCUGGGCCGGCUCCAGCAGGUCCGGUCAGCUCUGGCCGACUGCGUGGACACCAACUGUUACGCUCUCUACCACCUGCCGCUGGAAAGUGCUCUCAGGGACCCGUGGCCAGACAACUGCCUGUUGGUGGUCAUUGCCACGAGGGAGCCCAUCCCCGCGGACCUGUCCCGGAGGUUCAUGGCCUAUCUUUCUCAGGGAGGGAAGGUCCUGGGCCUGUCAUCACCCUUCACGCUUGCUGGCUUCCGGGUGACCAGGAAGGCCCCACUGCAGGACACAGUCCAGAGCUUGGUUUUCUGCAAGGCGGACUGGAGCCAGGUGAGGCUCAGCGUCUUGAGCAGCGGCUGCGUUUACGAGGCGGGCCCCGGGGAGCCACUCAGCCUGGGCAAGCUCCAGGGCCACCUGGACAGCAAGGACAAGGACAGGCUGAUUGUGCAAGUGCCUUUCGGAACAUGUGGAGGAGAAGCUGUUCUUUGCCAGGUGCACCUGGAACUACCUCCCAGCUCUCCAGUAGUGCAAACACAAGAGGAUUUUAACCUGCUCAAAUCAAGCAAUUUAAAAAGAUAUGAAGUCCUUAAGGAGAUCCUGACGACGCUUGGCCUCAGCUGUGACGCAAAACACGUUCCUGCCUUAACGCCUCUUUACUUGCUGUCUGCUGAGGAAAUCCGGGAUCCUCUUAUGCAGUGGCUGGGGAAACAUGUGGAUGCUGAAGGAGUAAUAAAAUCUAGCAAGCUCUCCCUUAAAUUUGUUUCAUCCUACACAUCUGAAAUAGAAAUCACCCCAUCUGCUAUACCUGUGGUGACUGACAUAGAGACCUUCUCAUCAGAAAAUUUUAACUUUGAGAUCUACCAACAAAAUUUGCAGACAAAGAAACUUGGAAAAGUAAUUCUGUUUGCUGAAGUGACACCCACCACAAUGAGUCUUCUGGACGGGUUGAUGUUUGAGAUGCCACAGGAAAUGGGUUUAAUCGCCAUCGCAGUCCACCAAACGCAGGGCAAAGGGCGGGGAAGGAACGCUUGGCUGAGCCCCGUGGGGUGCGCUCUUUCUACCCUGCUCGUCUCCAUCCCACUGAGAUCCCAGCUGGGACAGAGGAUUCCAUUUGUCCAGCAUCUGAUGUCUCUGGCUGUCGUGGAGUCGGUAAGGUCCAUUCCUGGGUACCAGGAUAUCAACUUACGAGUGAAGUGGCCCAACGAUAUUUAUUACAGUGACCUCAUGAAGCUUGGUGGAGUUCUGGUUAACUCAACACUUAUGGGAGAAACAUUUUAUAUCCUUAUUGGCUGUGGAUUUAACGUGACUAACAGCAACCCUACCAUAUGCAUCAACGAUCUCAUCACAGAGUACAAUAAGCAACAGGGGGCUGAACUGAAGCCCUUAAGAGCUGACUGCCUCAUCGCCAGAAGUGUGACCGUGCUGGAGAAGCUGAUCGACACAUUUCAGGACGAAGGGCCCAAUGGCGUUCUUCCUCUCUAUUACAGAUACUGGCUACACAGUGCUCAGCAAGUCUGCCUGGGAAGUGCUGAGGGACCAAAGGUGUGGAUAGUCGGCCUAGAUGAUUCUGGGUUCCUUCUGGUUCACCGGGAAAACGGCGAAGUGGUGACCGUGCAUCCAGACGGCAACUCCUUCGACAUGCUGAGAAACCUCAUAAUCCCCAAGCAGCCGUAGUCCUGUCUGGAGCAUCUGCUGGGCCCUGGGCCGCAGCUGGGAGGAG